GCCAGGCUGAGUGACAUCUCCACACAGGAUCAUGUGACUGUAGGACACGCCCACGCGCGAGUGACAGGCGGGGAAGACACCUGUGUGAGGUGGGAGAGCGCCAGUGACAGAAGCGGCAGGUUGAGGCGCAGGGAGAGAGUUUCCCCCGGGCAGUUGUAGGACCCGAGCACCUUGUCAUUGUGAGUAGCGCAGUUAUGAGUCCCGCCAGUCUCUCCUCCUGUCUGUGAACUUGCAGCUCCUCAACUGUUCCGACUCGCACCCCUCCAGCUGCGGAGCAUCAGCCCGACCCCCGGGGCGCGCUAUCCCUAUGGGAAUGUAGAGGGAGAUACCAUUGCUUUGGGCGGAGGGGAGGGAGGAUACUGAGGAGACUCUCACGUACCAGAUGCGCUCGUGGCUGGAGCUGAGCGAGGAGAAGGCAGCGGCGGGGCUGGAUGUGGCUGUGGGGCCGGCUCCCCUCCAGCAGCAGCUCCGCACCAUGUUCAGCUGUGUGUCCUGCUUCUGGCUCUUGCUCUCCGGCUGUCUGCUCGCAGUGUGCAGCUUCAGCUUCAUCUCCCCGGCCUGGAUAGUGCGCUCCGGCCGCCCCGCGGAUAAUCAGGAGCCCGUGAGCUUCGGCUUAUUGUGCCACUGGCCGGACUCUCUGCGCCACAUUAGCGCCUGUUACUCACUCGGGGGACUCGGCCCAUUCAAUGACAUUCCCUCCAGCUCUUGGCAGACGAGUGCCGUACUUUGCUCCGGAGGUUGUUUUCUUCUGCUAAUGAGCUGCUUGCUGGCCAUCGUGACCUUGUUUCUUCCAAGUGGCUUGUGUGAAAGACGUCUGUGCACUCUUGCAGGAUACAUGCAGACAGCAGCAGUGUUCAUCAUGGCAUCAGGACUCGUGGUGUAUCCGUUUGGCCUCAACUCUACGACUGUGAAAAAAUACUGUGAGAAUUCAAGCAUAUACUAUGCAGGAGACUGUCAAAUCGGAUGGGGCUACAUGCUAGCCAUUGUUGGAGUCAUGUUGUCGGUGUUUUUGCCAUUCUUCGCUAAAUAUGCCCCGAAAGAACACAUAUCACCUACACCAGUCCCUACUAUUUUAUAGUAUCUGUUUUUCAAAAAGUGGUCUUCAACAUAGGUAGGCAGAUGAUAUGAGAGCACCUCCUUCCAGUUCUACAGCUUCAUAAUUAGCUCAGACUGUUUCAGACCAAAAGAACAUGGAUAGUCUUCCUGAAGCAUGUUAAACGAAAAGCCUGGGAAUUAAAUAUUUGUUGCCAUUCCUGUUA